AAUGCAUUUGUACCGCGAAUAUGUGCUAUCGACUUGGUUGCCAUCAGGUAGAUUUUCUGUCAUAGUUCUUCUCUCUAUUGGAAGAGAGUUUUAGAGAAAGUGCACUUGAUUUUCACUAUGGAUGCUGAGGAAUUCCGCAAGUUUGGAUAUGCUGCAGUCGAUUUUGUAGCCGAAUAUUUAGAGAAUAUUCGCGACAGACCCGUUUUGCCAUCAGUUGAGCCUGGUUAUUUGCAUAAAUUGCUGCCAUCUGAAGCGCCAGAAUUGCCCGAGUCUUGGCAAGAUGUUAUGAAAGAUAUCGGAGAUAAAAUCAUGCCUGGCAUGACCCAUUGGCAGUCACCAAAUUUUCAUGCUUAUUAUCCAACGGCGACAUCUUAUCCUUCAAUUGUAGGAGAAAUAAUUGCCAGCGGAUUUGGUGUGGUCGGCUUUAGUUGGAUUUGUAGUCCAGCAUGUACUGAGCUUGAAGUGAUAAUCAUGGAUUGGCUAGGUAAAUUUUUGGCUCUACCUGAAUCGUUUCUGAAUUGCAGCGAGGGACCAGGUGGCGGUGUCAUUCAAGGAUCAGCCAGUGAAGCCGUGUUGGUGGCCAUUCUAACCGCUCGCGAGCAAACGGUUAAACGUGUAAAAGCCGAAAAUCCCGAAUGGAGUGAAAGUGAAAUUCGUGGUAAAUUGAUCAUGUACAGUAGUGAUCAAAGUAAUAGUGCCAUUGAAAAAGCGGCUCUCUUGGCUGCCGUACCGAUUCGAUUGCUGCCUGCCGAUGAUAAAAUGGAAUUACGUGGAGACGCACUUCGAACUGCCGUUGAAGAAGAUAUUCGAAAUGGUAAAAUCCCAUUUUGUUGUAUAGCAACGCAUGGCACAACCGGCACCUGUGCAUUUGACAAUUUGCCCGAAAUUGGUCCAGUGUGUAAAGAGUACAAUAUUUGGUUGCAUAUAGACGCCGCUUAUGCAGGUGUAGCAUUGUGUUGUCCCGAAUACCGUUCGAUAAUGCCAGGAAUUGAAUUGGCCGACUCAUUCAAUGUUAAUCUUCACAAAUGGAUGUUGGUCAAUUUCGAUGCUUGUGCAAUGUGGUUCAAAAAUGCGGACCAAGUUGUUGACUCAUUCACUGUUGAUCGCAUUUACUUAAAGCAUCAAUUUCAAGGUGAAUCAAAAGCACCCGAUUACAGACAUUGGCAAAUACCCCUCGGUCGACGGUUCCGUGCUUUAAAAGUGUGGAUUUUAUUACGUACUUUGGGUACUGAACACAUUCGCGAACGAAUCCGCAAACAUACCCGACUUGCACAGAUUUUUGAGAAUAAGGUCUUGAAUGAUUCACGCUUUGAAAUCGUGGCAAAACCCAUGUUUGGCUUAGUUUGCUUUAGAUUGAAGGGAGAUUGCGAGAAGAAUCAAGAAUUAUUGGAUAGAAUUACUGAUCGAAAGCAAAUAUACAUGAUUCCGGCCAAAUGCCAUGGUAAGCUCAUGAUUCGUUUCGUUGUAUGUGGUCUGCAACCUGAAGAGCACGAUAUCGAUUAUGCUUGGAACGAAAUCACAUCACAAGCUGACCUCAUUUUGGGCACCAUCAAUGAUAAAAACGACAUUACUACACAUUUUGCGAGCAAAGUUGAAAUAUGCAACAAUAAUUCGGACAAAACACAUAUUAUUUAAUCAUAAAUCAUCAAAUAUAUAGAACGCGACACACAUUCCCGAUUAAGAUUGAAUUUUUUCAUUCUUUUGUCAUAAACUAUUUUGUUUAAACCUCAAUUCUGAUUACC